CUGUUUAACAGAGGGCACAUCCCAGAUGCAGCCCUGGUGACAUCAGUACACAAAGAGGAAGCAGAGCCUACAAAGGGGAGGAGAUGUGGAGCAUCCUGUGAUGAUGCAGCUGCCUCCUCCCUCCUGCAUCCCUCUCCUCAGCAUCACAUUACCAAGCAAUCCUACACGCCUCAUUUCCCGGUGCUCUCUCAAGACUACUUGCCCUUCCAGUCCCCUGUUUUUCCAUGUAUCUACCCGGGAGCACAGUAGGAAGACACAGCCCACAGCAUGCACUGGGGUGUUGCCUUCAUUUCCUCCAGGUCUUGCGUUAUUGAGCUGAGCCGCAAUCAGACUCUGUCCCUGUGCUGGUGUGCGGGGUCAGAGGAACAUUACUCCUUUUAUGGGGACAUUGUCGCCUUCCCCCUGCAGGACUACGGUGGCGUUAUGUCAGGGCUGGGAUCUGAUUCCUGGUGGAAGAAAACAUUGUAUCUGACUGGGGGAGCACUGCUGGCUGCUGCUGCAUAUCUCUUACAUGAGCUUCUGGCUAUAAGAAAAGAACAGAAAGUUGACUCUAAGGAUGCAAUUAUUCUCCAUCAGUUUUCCCGCCCAAAUAAUGGAGUGCCCAGUUUAUCUCCAUUUUGCCUGAAAUUGGAAACAUACUUACGAAUGGCUGACUUACCAUAUCAGAACUACUUUGAUGGUAAACUGUCACCUCAAGGGAAAAUGCCAUGGAUAGAAUAUAACAACACAAGAGUGUCUGGUACUGAAUUCAUUAUUGACUUUUUGGAAGAUAAACUUGGUGUUGGUUUGAACAAAAACCUUAAUCCUCAUGAGAGAGCAGUUUCCAGAGCAGUGACAAAAAUGGUUGAAGAGCACUUUUACUGGACAUUAGCAUAUUGCCAGUGGGUGGACAAUCUACAUGAGACCCAGAAAAUGCUGUCUAUUAAUGGACCCCUUAGUGAUUUACUGAAAUGGAUUCUAUGCCACCUUACAAAAGGCAUAGUGAAACGAGAAAUGUACGGGCAAGGCAUCGGGCGCUUCUCUGAAGAAGAAAUUUACACGCUGAUGGAGAAAGAUAUGAGAUCUCUAGCUGGGUUACUAGGUGAUAAAAAAUACCUCAUGGGACCAAAGUUUUCAACCUUAGAUGCCACAGUGUUUGGUCAUUUGGCUCAAGCAAUGUGGACUUUACCAGGGACAAGACCUGAGAGGCUAAUUAAAGGUGAACUCAUCAACCUGGCCAUGUAUUGUGAAAGAAUAAGGAGGAAAUUCUGGCCAGAAUGGCACGAUGACAAUGACAACACAGUGUAUGAAACAGAUGACAGUGGUGAGGAGAGCAGGACACACACCGCAUUGCAGGACUUCAGCUUCUAUUCAAGGACUGGGACAUUUGAUGAGGAUGCAACAGAAAAUAGUAUAUCCCAAACACCUGACACAGAUUUUACUGGCCAGUCACUCUUUGACUCAGACGUAGACAUGGAUGAACUUGCAGAUCAUGAACAAUGCAAGUGAAAUGCAACGCCUUCUUCUACUGAUAGAUACAACAGGACUUAAGGCUCACUGCUCGGCCUUGCACACAAGCCAUCCUAUGUAGAUUAGUUAGAAUAUAUUAAUACAGGUUUUGCACACAUUGUUGGUCAAUAUAAGCCUUACUGCCUGUGGGAAACAAAACAGCAAACCUUGUGAAAAUGUUGCUGAAUGAAUAUUACCAAUGUUGUUAACAUUUGAAUCUCCAUGGUUAUUUAUUGAUAGGUAAAACAGCUGAAGACUUUGUAGAAAACUGCAGAGUUUUUUCAGACCAUGCCUUGAUCAUCUUUUUAAUAUCUGGCAAUCAUUAAGAAUUAAUAUACAUGCAGUUAGGCAAUUAUUUAAAUUUGUGCAAUACUGUAUAUUAAGACGCAUUUAUGUGAGAGCAAUAUAGUGGUUAAAAGAUUAUAAGUGUGAAUGGUGACCGUAUGGUAGUUCAGUGUUUUUCAACUCCAGUCCUCAGGCCCCACCAACAGGCCAGAUUUUCAUUAUCUGAACUGAAGCACAGGUAAAAUAAUCAGCUGUUGGGUGAGAGCAGGUUAGUAGCCAUGGUUACUGAUCAGCUGAUUAUUUCACCUGUGCUUUUGUUCUGGUAUCAUAAAAAUCUGGUCCGCUAGUAUUCCCUGUGGACUGGAGUUGACAAACUCUGUGGUAGUACCAAAAAUAUUUAACAUUUACUUAUUAUGUGUAAAAUCACUAGGCUAGUAAAUGUAUGUUCAACUGAUACAGAGUACAAAGGAAAAUUGUAAUUAAAUAUAUCUUAAUGUGAUGGAUAAAUAAGAUUGUUUUUUAGUAUGUUCACACAUUACAGUGCAAUUUUAUUUUUUCCUUUCACUCCUGCACUAAAAAGUGGUUUGAUUUUUCUAAUUCUUUGAACAGUCUUUUGUAUGAAUAUAUUAAAUGUUCACAGCAACGUUAUUUCACUGUAUGUUGUACUGAUGACAUAUGGUGAAAAUGAAUAAAAUUUGGAUGCAUAUAAGUAAAA